AUGACCCAGAACCUAGUUCUUAACACCAGCUGGGUGGGGGGACCGAACCCAUCUAAUUCCUCAAGAUUGCAGGAAAACCCUGUGACCCACCAGAACAUCACCUAUGUUGACUUCUACCUCCACAAGCCCUCUGUGGCUGCAAUCUUCACCGUCUCCUACCUGUUCAUAUUCCUGGUGUGCAUGGUGGGCAACGGCGUGGUGUGUUUCAUUGUGCUGCGCAGCAAGAACAUGCGUACGGUCACCAACCUGUUUAUUCUCAACCUCGCCAUCAGUGACCUGCUGGUUGGCAUCUUCUGCAUGCCAACCACGCUGGUGGACAACAUCAUAACAGGAUGGCCAUUUGGUAGCAUAGUGUGUAAGCUAAGCGGUAUGGUUCAAGGGAUUUCCGUGUCAGCAUCUGUCUUUACUCUAGUGGCAAUUGCUGUUGACAGGUUCCGCUGCAUUGUCUACCCUUUCAAGCAGAAGCUGACCAUCGCCACCUCAAAGCUAAUUAUCGUCAUUAUAUGGGUCCUAGCUGUGUCCAUUAUGUGUCCCUCUGGGGUCAUGCUCCAAGUCACAAAGGAGCAGAGAGUGCGAAUUGUCCUUGGUAGCAACAACACUCGCCCCUUCUACUGGUGCAGGGAAAAUUGGCCCAAUCAGGAAAUGAGGAAAAUCUAUACCACCGUCCUGUUUGCCAACAUCUACCUCGCUCCUCUCAGCCUUAUCGUCAUCAUGUAUGCCCGCAUUGGCUUCACCCUCUCCAAGACAGCUAUUCUUCAGGUGAGGGGCAGUGGAAGUAUGUCUGAACAGGGUGGAGGCAACAGCAAAUCUAGCAUGGAGGGUCGUCACACAAUUUUGAAGAAAAAGAAUCGGGUGAUAAUGAUGCUGCUGGUUGUGGCUCUGCUCUUCAUCUUAUCCUGGCUCCCUCUGUGGACGCUGAUGAUGCUGAGCGACUACGCCAGCCUGACAGAACACCAGUAUCGUGUUAUUAACAUCUACGUGUAUCCCUUAGCUCACUGGUUGGCCUUCUUCAACAGCAGCGUCAACCCAAUCAUCUAUGGGUUCUUCAAUGAGAAUUUUCGUAGAGGCUUUCAAGCUGCUUUCAAAUUCCAGCUGUGCUCUGAGAGCAAUGGGCACCAGAAGACCUACUCGUACCGAAUCCGAGGGAAUGCUGUACUCCCGGUCCAGCCUGCUGUCCUCAGUAGAUCAGGCUCAAGAGCCAGUUCAGUGUUAAGGAAGAAUGGGAAGUGCUCAUGUCAGGAAGGAGGGAGCUUGGCUGCUAAAAGUCAUAUCAAAGAACAGGACCUGAUCAUGGAGGACCUGGAAAUGGUGUCUCAGAUUUAG